GAUCAGUGUGUGGACACAAGAGCUGGAGAUUCACACAGAAUGAGGUGAACUUUCUGUGUGUUUGUGCUUUGGAAAGAGAGACUGUAUCCUGUGGAGAGAAGCCGUGCUGUCUAAAGUGUCAAAUCAGAAUGUUAACUCUCAUCUGGGUGAUUCUGCUGUUCGCUGAUAAAGGUUUGACUAGGAGCACUCCUCCAGUCUGUACAAAGAGCAAAGACAAUGUCACGUUAAGUCAAAUAAAUAUAACAGCAGAGGCUGGACUAUAUGCAGUGUUACCAUGUUCUUUUACUACAGACGAUGGGUUUGAUGCCAAAAGUAUAACUUUGUACAAACAUGGUAAAACAAUAUUUGACUCCAGUGAUGAUCAAAAAAACAACUCUGAGUUUCAAAGGCGAGUCUCACUACUGGAGUCUGACCUGAAGAUGAAGAACUGCAGCGUCAUCAUUAAUGACCUCACCGAGACAGACUCUGGAUCAUAUCAAGUCAGAGUGUCUGAUAACAAGACGGAGCAUGGCUGCACAUUGAAGUUCACAGUCACAGUUACAGAUCUUCAGGAACUAAAGAUCAGUGGAAGUACAGUUGUGAAGAAGGGUGCUACCCUUAAUCUAACUUGCAGUGCUGACAGUUUCAUUGCAUCUUCUAUCAACUGGAUUAAAUCUGACUCCAACAAAAACUUGAACAGAAAAAAUGAAAAUAAAAACACAAAAGGCAAUGGGUCAGCCUCGCUUACCAUUUUUAAUAUGACACCAGAACUUUCUGGACAGUACAAGUGUAUAGCAACACACAAGAACAAAAACAUUACGAAAACCAUUGAUGUAAAAUUAUUUGCAGCUGGUCCAAGAAUUUUGAAUAGCUCUGGGUGUGAGGUUCAAUCAGAGGUCCUGAGCUGUAUGUGCAUCAGUGAGGAGUUUCCUCCACCCACCAUAAAAUGGCCACAUUUAAAGAGCCACACUGAGUACUCUGUAACAACCAACGUGUCAAACGCCAGAGUCACCAGCACCAUCACUGUGUUUCUAAAACACUAUCACUACACCACUAUUGAGUGUGUCACCAGUAAAGAUAAUGAGCAUAUAAAGAAUGAAGAUGUAUUCAAACAAAGAAAUGAAGAACCAAAAGUUAAGACUGCAGCAUUGAGGGGGUUUCUGAUUGGGGUCAUUGUUUUAGCAAUCAUUGGUUUUUUGGUAACACGAUGCUACAGAAAAAAUCAGAGUUCUGAAAACCUGUCUGAAGACCUGGACGUGGUGACCACUGACGCUGUUCCACUGAUGGAUGCUGAUAAAGCAGCAACAAAUAAUAGGAUCCAUGAACCAGGCAAAGUUAAAAGAGAAGCUGAGUCUACUGCAUAAUCAGUGCCCGUUAGUGAUGUGGGACCAAAAGAGGUUGAGUACUCUGACACUGACUUCUCUGUGAUAAAGAGGCAUAGAAGAUACAGGAUACCAGAGAAAUGGAGUAUGCUAAAAUUAAGACAAAGAAGAGAAAAUGAUGGGGUGUCUGCCUUUUUGUUUGAUUAUAGUUUUCUCUUGUUUUUCUUCGUUACCAACUCCUUUUUAGUGUCAAAUAACUCAACGAACUAACGCAUUAAUGUUGUGGUUUGGCCACCCCUAGAUGGGCCAUAACAGGUGGACAGUGCCAGAAGGCUGAUUGGUGUGAUCAGUCCUCAUAUUUCAGUUGCCAGCUGGGACCAGAGAAAGGAAAGCUGCACUAGCAACAAGUCAGCUGAACAGCUGCACAGUGCAAUUUUAAAAAGUUGCAGAUGAAACGUAACCAGCCCUUUAACAGCCUGUACAUGUGGGUCCUUUGUGUCACAGAUUAUUAUUAUUUUAUUUUGG